AUGGAGUCCCCUUUUCCAGAACCGAGCACUCCAGCAUCGUCGGCACUGAAGCCUCCCCGCAGCGAAAUGCAUCCCAGCAAAUAUCAUUUCAGCACUGGCGAUCCCUCAUCUGCUCUCAGGCUGGGCUUCUCGGACAUCCCUAAGGAAGCACCUACCCCCGGCUGCCAGGAUAGAACCCCAAGCAAAGUCAACCGCGUCCCGUCCUCGAGUUUUACUUUCAGAGUUGCUCGCGAACCUGCAGAUACUGAAUUGAGCGGUGAGGCUCAGCGUAUGCUGAAAGAGAUACGUAACCAGGCCGCCAAGAUCAAAGCCGAACUCGUUGCGCAGAGGGAGGCAGAAGGCGGUGUGAAUAUCGGUGAUAGACCCUUUGCCAAGCCAAAGGGCAAGGUCGGGCGAUACAGUGCUGCUCAUAUGGCCGAGUUCAAGAAAAUGGAUUCAAUUGAAGGCCACGCCUCUGCAUGGAGAGCUCAAGAAGGACGUUUUACGCCUGUCAAGGCAUUGAAACGGACCCCUUCCAAGGCAAACCUAGAUGGUACGCCAACCUCACAGAAGAGUGUUUGUAUCCAGAGAUCUCCUGCCAAGACAGUCACUGAUGAGACAUCGAAUUCACGACCUAAGCCCAACCUUAAGCGCAAGUCGUCUGCCGCCAACCUGGACAGCGACAACCAUGCAGCUUCAAAGAGGCACAAUGAGAGUGCAAAUCCAGGAAAGUGCUCUAUUACUGCUCCAGAGAAUAGGACGCCUACUGCAAAGAGAGUCAAGCAACGCCGGGAGGACGACGCUGCUAUUGCUCGGCCGGGGCAUGUCGAGUUUUCGCCAGCAAAGCCCACUUCCAUCUUUUCUCGACUUGCCACUCCCAGGAAGGCCGCUGCGGCUCCAUCGCCAAUCAGUGCAAAAAUCGCGACGAAGCCGGCAACCUCUUCAGUUCAGUCACCAUUAAAGUCAAGUCUUCACAGCGUAUCCAUGUCUGUUUCAGGGGACAACUUGAACCCUCCUGUAUCCAAGGCUUCGGAACUGAAGCGUCGCAUUAUUAGCCCACGAAGCUUCAGCAAGGUGAAAUCCAUUCUUCGAGGAAGUAAGAAUGACUCGGAGGAGGGUGUGAGUGCUAUACCUCACCCUCAAAUUUCGCGGACCCCAGCUCCUCCAAGAGUGAACAAGGAGCUUCCCCCCGUCCCGCUCACUACGCCCCGUCGCAAACUGACGAAGAGGGUUACCUUUACUCCUGAAGUUGUAUCUGCUGUGAAUGUACAGAACUCUCCCUCGCCACAAAGACGUGGCAACUUCAAACCCCGGCCUGCCCUGAAAAGCAUCGAAACGCACUAUCCAGCUCUCGACGCAGUUUUGACAGAGUCAACUCCUAGCAGCUCUCUGUAUCCCGACCUCUCGCCUCUCAAGCAUCUCAUGGGCUCUCAGUCGCAACGAGUCGUUUCCGAAUCUCCCUCAAUGGCAGGCACCUUUACAUUCCGAAGUGACCGCACUAUCAAGUUUGGUGAUGCCCCAUCGACAGGUUUCGGUGCCUCUCCUGGCCAAUCUAGUGUUCGGCACGUUAGCGGCCCAGUAGUUUCGAGCAACAUGCCCGGCAGCUUCCCUACGCCGCCUUCUCCUAAUUCUCACCCUAAUAAGGAAAAUAAGGCACCGUCUCUCACCAAACUGCUACCUGGAACGGCGCAUGGAAUGCAGAAUAAGAAACGCCAUCGAGCUACAGCAGAUGAAGAUGACUUCGAGACUGAACCAGCAGCCAAGAAGCGAAAGAAUGAAAACGUGCCAGAAGGGCAAGCUCUCUUGGCACCUAGACUUGCUAAAGUUGGCUCCGCAAGUGCUACCAAAAAUAAUCGAUUCACUCGAACACCUGUCAAAGCCGGAAGCAGUCGUAUUUCCGGAAAAACUCCUGUUCGCACUUCUGUGGUGGCUAGUCCAAAGAAAAAGGUGACUGGUCUCAGUAUGAGUCGCCUCAAUAUGCUAGCGCAGCCAAAGAAUCGUGCUUAG